UGAAGCAUGGAGCGAAACGUGCUCGCCGGACAGCAGACAAACUCUGCCGUUAGCUGGUAUAGCGAUAUGAUCGCGAGAUGCCCUUGAUAAUUGUAAAAACUGCUGAUCCAUCAACAUCAAGCUAACAAGAUAAUUGAUGACAAUGGAAUCUGUUCUCGAUUGUCUGAAGAUUGAAGACAAACAAAUCUUUGAAGAUUUAUUGGUUUACAGGUCACAGGAUGUACAUCGUUUGCUGAAGAGGCUGGAUUCAAUCCACAAAGUCCUGCAGGAUGCUGAUCAGCAGGGUCACUUGACAGAGAUUGUACAGACCAGUACCAACCAGUUCAUCAAACAAGUGAUGCAGUGCUAUUACAGAUGUAUUGAAUCUAUCAAGCUUGCUAGAUCUGUGGAAAAGUUGCUACAACCUUGGAGAUUAUCACACAAGGCAUAUAUCUGUGCUGAUUUGUCUGACUUUGUGCCCUCAGUUACUUCAAAGGAAAAUCCAGAAUUAUCAAGUUUAACAGCAGUUUCCAAUUUACUGGAGCAUAAUUUGGUGGUGAAAGAUGCUGUGGUGGAGAAUCUUGUCCCGUUUCUUGGUUGGAUAGAAGGGCGUUUAGAGAUGUUGAUGAUAAAGUCGCCUUCAGAUCUAUCUACAAACGAGGCUGGGGAGCUCUAUAUCAUGGUCAAAAUUGUACUUCAGGUAUUUCAAUCCUGUCCUCUGGGGAGAACCGUUACAGGAAACCACCUUCCCCAGUGUCACGGUCCCCAGCAACACUCUGUAGAAACAAUACUGACAUUCGUGUACAGAAUCAUGGACAUUGAUGGGUAUGCCACAGACUGUGUCCUGUUGGCGGGGACAACAUUUUUCUAUGUGUUGUCCACAGCUUCAACACCAGAGGUGACUGUGUCCACUUUCUGGUCCACAUUCCUCUCUCUCAGUAAUCCAGAUAUAGAAUUUUCUGUAGAUGUUCUAAGGACUUCAAUGUCUACACCUUGUGACCUUCUGUCUGCCACCUACAGGAAGUCACUUGGUCCUGUUUGUCUGCUCAAAGGGGUCAUAGCCUGUACCUCUGCCGAAACAUUGUGUCACCAUGCCGACAACCAAUCAAGCACCUUCAUCACUGAUGUUUUCCCUGUGAUAAUUGGAUACUGCUCGGGACCAAUCAACUUACACUUUCACUCGUUCAGUUUACUACUAUCAUGGUUUAAAAAGUUUUCCAUGUGUUUAUUACAAAGUACAAAUUUUCAUAUUGAAUGUCUUGAGGGAAAUGACAUUUUUUCUAAAACUUUGAACUUAGUGUAUUUGAAUUGGGACAGUCCUGUGGAAGAUGUGGCAGAUAUAGUAGGAGAGGUAUUUAGGAUGCUAUUGGGUUGCUGGAGUACUAUCGCAACCAAAUAUAAAACAAGACUGACAGAUUUUGACAAUGACUUGCCCGGAGGAGCUUUGUCCAAACUAGAAACUACACCAUGGUAUGUGAAGGGGAAGUACAGGAUCCUGGCCAUACUUCUGUCUUAUACAGACCAGGAACAGAUCCUUGUGAGAUGUCCUCAGAUCAGACAGCACCUACAACGGUGUAUGUCCACCAACUACCUAGCUCCGUGUGGAGCAGAUGUCUACAAAGCCUUUCUCCUGCAAAUCAGGAAAAGGAGUAAAGAAGAAGUGAUUGAUGUGUGGAGCACUGCCUGGCUGGAUACCAUGAUACAGAGUCUGACCAGCAACAACAUAUGGCUCCAAAGUAACACAAACCACUACUGGGUGCAGACAACACUCAAGGUGCUGCCAUCUGUUGGAGAUUUCCUCCAGAAACAUUUAUCAAAUGUAUUAUAUUCCAAGAAUUCUCAUCUCCCACGGCAACAGGUUCUUCAUGCCUGGGUGGUGGUGUCCAAGGUCAUCAGGAACAACACAGCAAAAGAAGCUGAGGAUUCUGCCUUGCUACGGGAGGCCCUGUACAGUAGUUCUGAGGAGACCAGGUUGGAGGCCAUCACUUUGAUAUGCUGCUCUCUCCGUAAAGCUGAAUCCCUGUCAGAAAGAGACUGCACCCUGCUAAUGGAAAUCCUGCCAGACAACCUGAAGAUUGACUCGGCCCCAUUCAGACAAUACCUUGGAGCCAGCAUGAGGAAGCUCCUGGCCAGAGUGCGGGACAGCUGUCUUGCGAAACUUAAGGCUGGGAAUGAUACCUUGCUAGAUUCCUCAUUAGCCUUUGUGGAGUGGCUGCAGUGCCUGUGUAUUAACAGCCUGAUGACUGGGGCUUGUUACCAGCGACGAAAGACGUGUCUCGACCUUCUGACCAUUCUGUACGACACAAUGGUAUAUCAGACCAACUCCAAACAGAGGAAGUCAUUUACACCAGAGUCCACAUUGACGUUGGUGGCCUAUGCCAGGGAACAUGAUUUGUGGGAUUUCUUCUCUGCAUCCAACACAGUCUGUGUCCUCCACUGCCUGUGUGAUGGAGCUGACGAGAUCCAGGAGAUGUCUGCCAACCUGCUGAUGAAGUAUUUUCAUUGGCCGAUGUCAUCAGAUUCUUCUUGGAUGAAUAUGACCCAGGAGGACCUAGCCUGCCACCUGCUUACACAUGCUCUCAACUGUUGUAACAGCCCAAAGGCUUCAGAGAGUCAAAGUGGAGCACUGCUGACAAAGAUCAUCUUCACUAAGUAUGUGGUAGAGCAGGGUUGGACCUUUGACAUGACCCUCACUGACGAUGGAGCCUGUUGUUCUGUCCUGCCAAUAAAAACACAAAGAGAAGAUAAUACAUCUGUAAACACUCCAAGAGAAGAUAAUACGCCUGUAAACACUCCAAGAGAAGAUAAUACGCCUGUAAACACUCCAAGAGAAGAUAAUACGCCUGUAAACACUCCAAGAGAAGAUAAUACGCCUGUAAACACUCCAAGAGAAGAUAAUACGCCUGUAAACACUCCAAGAGAAGAUAAUACGCCUGUAAACACUCCAAGAGAAGAUAAUACGCCUGUAAACACUCCAAGAGAAGAUAAUACGCCUGUAAACACUCCAAGAGAAGAUAAUACGCCUGUAAACACUCCAAGAGAAGAUAAUACGCCUGUAAACACUCCAAGAGAAGAUAAUACGCCUGUAAACACUCCAAGAGAAGAUAAUACGCCUGUAAACACUCCAAGAGAAGAUAAUACGCCUGUACUCUUUCUCAGAACACUCAUCUCUUUUAUCGUUAAAACCAUGGAAACUUCCAAGACCAAUGUUGUUUUAGCCUCAAAGACAUCGCCUGUCCAUGGAUUUGUUGCGGCCUGUACAAGAUGCAUAACUGAGACUCCAAACCUUCUGUACAAGCAUCCCAUUGACUUGGAUAGAGUUGUCAAGGAGAUGAUAACGUUGGAUAUAGAUGUGAUUGGUACUAUGCUGAAAGUGAUGGCUAAAGACAGUGAGAAGGAACAAUGCCCAUCCUUUGCUGAGAUUGGUUCUGCCCUGGAGAGUUGGAUAGCUGAGAGUGAGGACAUGUAUACAGAGUCGACAUCCUUGUCUGCAGAGUACCAGUACCUCCUCUCCUGGUGCUGGAUCAACCUCAAGGAGAGUUGUAAAAGCCUGGGACACCUCACAGAAGUGCUGGAUCAAAGGGAUGAAGGCGCUGUGGACACUAUACAGAACAUAAGUCAGGUGUUCCUAAACAUCCUCACCAACUGUCGACACAAGGGUGUAAUAGAAGGGUGUCGGUCUGCUUUUGCUCGCUUUUGUGCGUCAUUGUUUGCAUCCAGUAAUCAGGAGUUGAUUCAGGUACCCGAGCUCAUUCUGAAAGAGUCUUUGUCUACCCUGGUCACCAAGGCGACGUCUACAUCCACAACCAGGAUGUCCGCUGGCCUGCCCAUAAUCAUACAGACCAUUGUCAGUUGUGAGAGGAAAUACAAAAAGACCAAGUUGUUACAGACAGCUCUGGAUUCUCUGUUCCACAUCACCAGUCUACCCCUGGCCUCACAGCUAGACGACAAGUUUGACCUGCCUCAGGUUCAUGGCCUCAACAUCCUCAACUCUCUGUACAGUGACUCUAGUCUGACUGCUUCCCUCACUCCAUACAUAGAGGGCGCUGUGAAGCUGGUGGUGGACAGCUUCGGCUCGCCAGCAUGGGCCAUACGUAACGCUGCCACACGUCUAUUCAGUGCAUUGGUGACAAAGAUAUUUGGCCCCAAGAUAAACUGGGAGGAAGGUGCCUGUAACACAUUGUCUUUCCAAGAGUUUGCGGCCCAUUACCCUGAGCUACCCCCCUUUAUGCUAGGACAGUUGGACAAAGCCCUACAGACAGACAUUGGUGCUGUGGACAAGCUCCACCCCUCUCUGUUCCCAGUGUUAACACUACUCUCACACCUGGGGCCCACAGAAACAGUCAAACAACAGCACAGCCUUAUCACCGAGUUCCAGAGUCGAAUCGGGUUCCUGUUAGCAAGUCCAGUGUACUACCUCCGCCAUUUAACAGCAAGUGCAUUUGUUGCUAUGGUCACUGUACAGUCUGUGGGGGACUCUCUGAUGGGACUUCUGAAAGAUAUUCCACAGACUCCAUGUCCCAGUCACAAGUACAACAGGUUGCAUGGAAUUCUUCUGUGUUUGGAGAAAAUUCUAGUCAUCCAUAAUAUCAGAGAAGCUGACGUUCUUGAGGUGGUGGACCUAUUGAUGACGAGACACUGGAUAGGCAGUGACCCCAGUGUGUGUCCACUCAUCAAAAACACAUUCCUCGCUGUCCUCCACAAACUUACACAAACCUAUCCUGGCAAAGUAAAAUCAGCUGGACUCCAUUUGAUGGUGGUGAUGCAGAAGUCUGCUACGGAUCAACAUAGAGGGGUGAAUUUAGGGCAAGGAGUACUGACCAAGAACCUGGUCCAGUGUUUACUGAUGAGUCAGGACUGGCAGGUGGAGGACGUGGUCGGGUUUGUAAGGGAGCUGCUCCAGAGGUCAGACAUGGAUACUAAGGUGGCCUGUGUAUCAACACUGGAGGACAUGUUGGAGUCAGGGGCCUGGCAGGCCUUACACUGGACCAACAUUCAGGAGACAUUGGUUGAUGUGCUAUUGAGGGAGACCUACCCUGUCCUGUUGACCAGCUGCCUGUCUCUAUUGGUCAGUAUACACAACACUCACGGCACUGACCACAACAUUGCUGACCAGCUGUACCAGUACUGCUGUAACCGUGGUGAUACUCCAGAGGGGCGGGGAAAUGUGGAGGCAGCCAUACUGGCAGUUACAGCGAUUGGAAUUAAAAACUGCAUAGAUAUGUCGAGACCCCCCUCGUCAGAUGUGCUGUGUCAGUGGAGUGACCGAGUGUUGAAGGCCAGUAAGAUGACCGGGGAUGAACACUUCAGACUGGCUGCAGCACAAGGAAUAGUCACUGUUGGACAUGUCAUCAUGACCCCCUCCGGAUUGUCAAAGGAUGUGCCCUAUCAAAUCUGUAUCAUUAAACUUUUUCAGGCAAUGUCAAACCUGAUCCAGGAUGAUGACACAGAAGUGCGUGCGAUGGCCAUGAAAUUUAUACCACAUCUAUAUUACGAAGGCAGGUCCGUCCAGUAUGAUGCCAUACAAUACAACUCUGGAUAUCAGCUGCUAUUUGAGUACCUACACACACUGUAUUGGUGGUCUGAGGCUGUGGUGUCCACUCUUGUCGAGAUGUUGUACCAACCAGAGGAUGUCAGUACCUGUAUCACACACAAACUUACAGCCGGUCAUCAACAUCUAUUUGAGCAGGAAGAUGAUACUUUCCAUAUAGAGAGUAUAUUUAACAGAUUCCAAGUUUACAAAUCACUAAAGUGUGUUGUAGGUAUGUGUAAUGACCAGCAGUCUUUCUCCAGUAUACAGUGUAUGAGGGAGCCAGGACAAGCCCUGUGUGCUGACCUGGCCUUUGUGGAGGAUUUCCUCAACAAGUAUUUAGAUGGUAAGCCUGUAUUUAGUCUGGGUAUGGACACUGCCGUGCUGUCAGCUAUUGCUGGUUGUGUGUUGUUUGGCUUGGUGCUGAUUGACACUAAGUUGUCCCUCAACUUUUCUUCAGAGGAUUCUGUAUGUACACAGCUGCAAAACGUUCUUACAAAUACAAAUCUGCCACCCGCAUUCAGACGUACUAUUGAUGGAAUUAAUAAAAACAGGACAGAAAUAUGGAGAUCGUGAUAGACUUAAACAACAUGGCAGGAUAAGAAUCUGAUAGACUUUGUGUGUGGGUGUGAAUAAAUAGGAAACAAUAGGAUGGACUGGUGACUGACUUUUGUCAGAGAUGAAAUGCUACGGUGGAACCUUGACUUGUUUCUGUCACCAGCUCUCCUGUCAGUCUGUGUCAAAUGACGACCAUUUAUUUUAUAAACAUAAACGGGUACCAUUGUGUUUUAUGUUAUCCUGUCUCAGCAAGGGUUUGUCUUAGCAACACUGUUGAAUACCAAUACUUGUUAAAUUUUCUAAAAACAGUUUGUCUAAAUGUCCAACAAACCACCUGUUAUUGAAAUAUCAGUCAGUAUCUGUUUAUUAUUCUGCUGUAGAUUUUGUCAAGUAAAUCCAAGUAAUCAACUAAACAAUACAAAAUAUAAUGUGAAUAACUGUUUAUGAUAAUAUAAACAGUGAAAUAUGAAUCACUGUGUAAUUGAUAGCUGUUUCUCCUUUGCAGUGUUUUAUGCCAGAAUAGCAAUAAUUUUGAUAACAUUUUUAUCCGCCCCAAUGAUGAGAGGACCAAGAGUUUUGAUUUACUUAGCCCAGAUUAACUUUGAAAUGGCACUGGUCAUCUGUCCAUCCGUUACAAAGAAUGUAGGUAGCUCCCCUGGGCCAGAGGGAUGGGGCCUAAAACUUGGGCUGAUAUGAUGGUCUCUGAUAGAAAGAGUUGGGAUCUCUACCCUAAAAUUAUAUAUAUAUAUAUUCAUGCUACAAGGAUUUAGCAAACCAUAAGGCUAGUUUUGGUCGCAUUAAUGUGUUCGUCUUUUCAUGGGGAGUAGUACCCGAGACACUAAAUGGAAACAUUUGAGAUCCCAAUCCUUCAAGAUUAAAAACAAUUGCCAGGCAUGAAUAGAUCUAUUUAAAGCACAUUCGGUCCUUGGGUCUUUGGAAUCAAUCAUUAUGUUUAAAAAAGAAUGUAGCUCCAUUUGGGACUAAGACGCGAUACCUUAAAAGGAGAAAUUAGGUUGGAAAGUCUACUUCUCUUGACAAGUUGGUUGUAUUUCAACAAAAUUUUCUAUGAAGCAUCCAUGGAACUAGGUAAUAAAAUGUUAGAUAAAAGAAGGAUGUUGUCUUGUAACUGAGAGGCAGAGCCCAAAAUGGAGAUAUGUUGCUCUUAAUGAGAAUAUAUUGCCACAGUUUCUAAAAUAUCCAGAUGAGAUAUGUGGACCCUCUGGGUCCUUGAGGUCAGUCAUGGUAACAGUUAAUUCUAGGUAUGUUUUCUGGCAAUUUUACAGUGUUAUAUUAUAAUGAUACUUAUGCAACCUCUAGCUGGACUGGAGGUGAACUAUGACAAGACAUGGAGGAAGUCUUAUCGACGUGUCAAGACAUGGAGGAAGUCUUAGCGACAUGUCAAGACAUGGAGGAAGUCUUAUCGACAUGUCAAGACAUGGAGGAAGUCUUAUCGACAUGACAAGACAUGGAGGAAGUCUUAUCGACAUGACAAGACAUGGAGGAAGUCUUAUCGACAUGACAAGACAUGGAGGAAGUCUUAUCGACAUGACAAGACAUGGAGGAAGUCUUAUCGACAUGUCAAGACACGGAGGAAGUCUUAUCGACAUGACAAGACACGGAGGAAGUCUUAUCGACAUGACAAGACAUGGAGGAAGUCUUAUCGACAAGAUUGUGUGGAA